GGAUUUGUAAUUCGCGCGCUUAUCGUUAAACUAGAUGGCGGGAUGUGCGCACUAGGUUAAUUAUCAUUUUGGUUAGUCGCUCGGUUCGGUUGUCCUCUUAAGAUCCUGUAAGAUAUUGCGUUAGAAUAAUAUUCGAGUAUCCUCGUCCUUUUUCCAAAAUACAUUAGUCUUUAGUCCUUUAUUCGAUCGUGUAUGAGUGUGAACUUGUAUCUCUCGACUUAUAUAUAUAUUUAUAUAUAUAUAUAUAUAUAUAUAUAUAUAUAUAUGCAUAUGUAUUUUACUUUCUACGCACAAUUUGCUUCUCUGAAAAAUUCUAAUAGGUUAUGGAUCCAGAUAAUCAGCGAUCUAUCAUCGAUCAUCAAUAAUCGUUAUCAAUGAUCGUCAUGAAAAAAAAAGAAAAAGAGAAGAGUGGAAGGACCGAUGGAAGGGCCAGUGGAAGGUCUCUUAUCCCGUCUUCCCAUGCCUCCUAUCGGCAAAGGAUAAAGGAAAAAAGGAAAAAAAAAAAAAAAAAGUUUCUGAUCUCUCGUAGAACUUUCUAAAUCUGGAUGCAUAUUAUUGCACAUUAUCAAGAUUUAAAAGCGAUGCACACCGCGGCAUCGAAUGCCUACAGUUCUGGUUUCGCUUAUGUUCGAGAGACAAAAGUAAACUGCGGUUGAAGAGAACGAUAAGAAAGGGGUGAGUUCGUAAAGCGCAUGCGCUCAGGGAAAAGGGAUGAAGUAAUAUGCGAUGUAAAGAAAGGGUAUAAGAUAAUGAUAUAAUUGUUGGAAAGGGAUGCAGGUGUUUAAUCGCGUAUAAUUUAAUCCGAUAAAAGGGGAGAAAUGUAUAAAACUCGACAAAUGUGUUUAUGUAGGCGAACUGAAGGGGUUGAAGUCAAUCGAUGGACGAGAGUCACCUUAGACGACAGUAUGUCUUCGAAAGGUGAAGACUAUCUCGACAACGAGUACUAUGUUUACAAUCGAUGGUUAUUUGGAUUGAUAGGCUUAUGGGAAGAUAAGAUAUCGUCGAAGAAAUUGAUUUACGUUUGUUUCCUCAAUUUUAUAAUAAUCAUUGCGGUGUUCGAACAGAUUUAUGUGAUUUUCUCGUUAAAAGGAGAAUUAAAUUCAAUUGCUAAAUUAUUGGAGACUACCUUGAUUACAUUGUCUUUCGGAUCAUGCUACUACAAUCUAUUAUCUAAUAAUAUUAUUAUGAAGAAAAUUCUUCGUCGUAUAGAUUGCGAUUGGAAGAAACUUGCGAACAAGCGGGAAUUAUUUAUACUGAAAGAGUAUGCUAAUAUAAGCAGAAUGUGUACCAUUGGAAACAUAAUCUCCUUUUAUUUGUAUAUUGGAUUUUUGAUAUUUCCAUCAUUACAACGUUUCAUUCAGCACAUCUUUGGUGUAGUAAGCUACAAUGAAUUAAUUUUACCCGUUCGUUUUGAUCAUUUUAUGAAAAAUCGUGCAGGUUACUAUCUUGGUCUUUGCAUUCAGUACGCAGUAAUAAUCAUUCUAUGCACGGUAGCGAUUGCGAAUUAUACGAUGUUUAUUGUAGUAAUACUGCAUGCUUGCGCACUAUUUAAUGUCGUUGUAUGGAGGAUAAAUGAUAGAUUCAAAGAUAAUCGAAAUAAUUUUUAUGGCAGCAAUGAGAAUGAUAAAUUAUUAGAUGAGAAUGAAUGGAUCGUCGAUAUUAUAAAAUUCUACAAAUCCGUUAUAGAAUUGGUCGAUUUAAUAAAAUUGUUUUACGAAGGAAUUAAUAUAUUCGAAGGAUUUUUCGCUAUGCUAAUUACCAUGAUAGAUUACUUUUACUUAUUUCAAUUACUUACUUCUGACGUAAACAAGACCGAUGGUUUGACAAAGUUAUUAUACGUUAUUGGAUCUAUGUCCGUAAUUUUUGUUUACUUUCAUCUUGGACAACAAUUAAUAGAUCACAACAAUUACGUAUUUGUAACACUUUGUCAAAUUCCGUUUUAUUCGUUAUCAUUGAAGACACAAAAAUUAAUACUAUUUUUGAUAAUGAGGAGCAUGAUGGUAUGCAAUUUAUCAUGGAAGGGUACAAUAGUAUUCUCUCACAAUCUAUUUACAGUGUUCAUCCAGAAGUCACUGUCUUUCGCUAUGGUAUUCUAUAAUUUGCAAUGAAUUUAUACGAAGAAAAUACUAUGCGACAUUUGAUCAUUAUACAGUAUUAUAAGAAUACUGUAAAACUGUUAUAUAUAUUUGUUGUUUUCAAAUUACGUGAAUAAAUAAUUUUUCUAAACGAA